GCAUGUGAUUUUUUUUUUCUUGUGCCGGUGUUUUCUGAUAAUUUUAUCAAAUUAAAGUGUUAAUAAUUAAAGUCAACAAGUUUUGUUCGUUCUGCAAUUACUUUUAAUCAUCAAGUUAGGGAUUUUGGAUUCCAAUCAUGUGUCGGAUUGUGCAGAAAGUUUCUACAUCGAAAGUUGGAAGUUUGGCGACGAUGGGCAAAGUUGGAGGCAUUUUUCGAAAUCGAAGAAAAAAGCCAAAGGGAGAUUGGUGACUAAGGAGAGAGUUGGAGACUGGAUUUUUGGAUUUGAUACCAGUCCCUUGGAGUAAAAAGUCAACUGUGAGCCGAGUUGCUGCCUAGCUCGAUGGUUUCUCUGUCACUCGGUGGUGGAUCGAGGAUAAAGUGAAGAAGGAGAGGAGAGAGAAUAUUAGUCGAGGGUGGGAAAAAGCUCCUCUCGCUCUCUCUCUCGGAUAGCCACCCUCUGCGCAACGGAUCAUCAACGCAACGUCCUCGUUGUUGUGUCGACGUGAAUUAUCCGCGAAUAUGUUGAGGAUAUGGACCAGUGGAGGCGAGGCUCGUUGAAGCCGCUUGACGAGUUUCGAAAGAGGCGACGACGAGGAAGAAGAAGAAGAAGAAGAGAAGCUGCAUUAAAACACCGGGUCCACGGGCCGAGGGCGCUCUUUACCCAGGGUGAGCGUGAUCGCAGGCGCGAAACGUAACCUUACUAUAACUCGAACGAGAACGAAAAGUCGCGAGGACGAGCGCCGGAAUAUCCAGAGCCCGAGAGUAACCUGGGCGCGUACCAAUCUGCAGUUCACACCCAUUACUGAGAGAGAAACUCUUUUUUUUCUACCACAAAAAAAAAAAAAUUAUCUCUUUGGCAAAUUCCAACAGCCAAGAUAAAAAAAUAAUGGUGUUUAACGGGAGAAUUUAUUUUUGAAACAAGUGCCCAAAAAAAAUAUUUUUCUUGACAAGUUUGUGAAUUUUCGAAAUUAAUAAUUUAAACAUGACUGAAAUUUUUGAUUCAAUGCAAUCAACACAUUGGGAAAAAUUAUUGAGAUGAGAAACAUGUUUACAGUGCAACCGGUUAAUCUGGAGUAUUUGAUCAAUAAAAUGAAGAUAAGGAUUUGAAUUCUCUUCAAUUAAAGAGGAAAUUUAUUCUCGAGUGUUGUGGAAAUGUAGGGGGGCCCAUGGCCAGGGCCCCAAAGUGGCCAAUUUUUUUUUUUUCAUGACCUAUACGAGAGAUGAAAAAGUACUUUUGCAGUAAUUUAAUAUUCCUACUGUGAAUAAAAGGAAAAUAACUUUGACUGCGAGGGAAAAAUAGAGAGAGAAAGAGAGAGAGAGAGAGGAUGGUCAUUGUUCGGUGAAAACAAAAAACCGUCCUCGAGGCAACACAAACGAGCGGGGGUUUAGAUUCGUAAAAUUAUAUUUAAAAAAAAAGAAGAAAAGAAGAGAAGUGCGCGAUUGCCGGGUUGUUGUAGGUUUUUAGGAAGGGGGGAAAAAUGAGGGAAUGUUGAAAGAAUAGAGUUUUAUCUAUAAUAUUUCAAAAUAAACUGUUGCGAAUGAAGGAGUUUUUAAAUCAUCAUCGAUAGUAUUAAAUAGUAUAUUAUAAUACAGCCUCAAGCAGAAAUGGUCGAUUUAGGAGGAUACAUCAUCAUUUUGAUGAAUCAUAAUGGAAAAAUUAAACUUUAUGGAUCUCCUGCAGAUAAUGCAGACAGUUUAGAGGUGGGUGACGAGAUCCUUGAGGUCAACGGACGAACCCUCGAAAAUGCGACUCAUUCCGAGGUUAUUCAAUAUAUUCAUCAGUGCAUAAAAUCCAGAACAAUAUGCCUUCGAGUAAGAAGAAAAAAAAGUGGCAACAAGAUGGAAGAAUUGGACGGACCAAACGCUGGGAGGAUAAGGGACGCUUGGGUGAUAGCAGUCGAAAGAGGAGCGAGAGAACGGUUGCAGAAGUUGAGUGCUUUGAGAAGAAUACAACCUCGAGAUAUUACAAUACUCUACCAACAGAUAAGCGAAGGCGCUGCUUCGACAAGCGAAGGUGCUACCGAAAAGGAUGUUUCGAACAGUCAAAUUACUGUUACACUAUCCGACAAAGAGCCUGGAACGAUUGCCCAUCCGACAAAACUAAGCAACGGAACUAUUCCCAAAGGCAUUGCAAAAAGUCAGGAUUCCGAGGAUCUCAAAGAACACGCAAAGGAUCAAAAAGAUCAAAAGGACGCUUCGGAAAAACAACAGAGCUGUCUUGACGAACCAAAUCUUCUGCAACCGGUGCAGAGUUCGCGAGUUGGUGAACGAAGAGCGAGUAGCCCUUUUCAAAAUGGACGAACCGAGGUUUUGAUUGGAGAACCCGAGGGUGGCCCGAGGUCACCUAGAGGAUCCACAUCUUCGGCUAUCAAUGACAGUAACUCCCUGACCACACCAGAAGAGAAGGAUUAUCCCGAACCAAUUUGCAGGUCCAGAAGGCGUAGUACUGGCAGUGGCGUGGCAGAGAUUCACCUGCAGCAAAAUCAGCAACAAUCGCAGUUGCAGGAGAAUAACAACAGCAGCUCGCAGGAUACGAAGGAGUCGCGGGAGGGUUUGGGGCCCGAUGAGAUGUGGGGCUCAGGUGCCCUGGGCCAUCAUCGGGAACUGCCCGUCGAUGUCCCUGACACUCUCCUCCAGCAGGCUUACCCCAACAAGGUAAAGAUCGGUUCAUCCCCAUGUAGGAACGAGCCACGACAAUCCCGUAGCGCUAGCAAUCUUUCCCUAAAUCUCCGCAAUGAAACACUUAAAAAGUCCACUCUCUCCCAAAAGAAGCGCGAUCCCGAAAGUUCACCCCUUGUCUCUGCUCUCGAACCGCCACCAAUAAUCACCAUCGAGCUGAAAAUUCAAAAUCCAACCAACAAGAAUCUUAUAAAUUCACCAGAUGAGGUGAACGAGGACGAUAAGACAAUUCACAAUAAUCAGCAGGCCAAUUCCACGAAUUCUGGUUCGCCAGACUUGAAAGAUCCACUCAAGAGUUCCGACGACGAGGAGGACGACGAUCAUUCGAAUCAGAAGGAAUCUAACGUCGACACUGAGGAGGACUAUCCAUUCGCCAAGGAGGACUAUCCGACGAUGCUGAAAAGUUGCAGUGACGAUUCGGCGAGUCCCAGAAGCUCUUCGGGUCGGUCCGACAGUACAGCACCCCUGGAUUCGAGCCUCGUUCUAAGGCACGACUCACCCUGUGGAAACGAUUCCCUCCCCUACGACGUUCGUAGAAUCGACCUCGGCUCGAAAGUAACUCCAAUCUUCAACACCACGUCCUUCGAGAAUCCAGCCUACGGUCUCGCCGACCUCCAAGGCUUUCUCAUGCGGUCCGACGAGGUCACCGAUCUCACCCGUCUGAUUGACGAAAAAGUCAUCAUACCCCGCAAAUGGAAGGACCCCAAAUCCGAAGUCAAAUCAGACACUCCCGUGAAGAUUUCCAACUCAAACCAACGGAAUCUCGAGAAUUCCGAAUUGAUGCGAGUCGCCUCGACCGACGAUCUUAUCAGCGUCGAUCUCUCAACAACCAAAUCCCGAACGAAGAAACGACGCCAACAACAAACAUCCAGUGGAUAUUCGACCCUCCGAAGUGAGGCCUCCACCGAAUCCAAUUCAUUCCUCGUCGUCGGCAACAAAAAUUACCGCGAGGUGGCGGUCGACUGUCCUGACGAUUUUGUGCCAGUGACCAAAUCUCAUCCUGUUUAUCCACCGCCGAACAAGACUCCCACGAACAGCAAGCACAACACCCUCGAACAAAAACGCCAUUCCGCGCACUUCAGCCCUAGAGAUUUAGAGAUUGCUCACAAUCAUAAAAUUGAGCUCGAGGAAGCGGCGGCGAACAAGAACCGAUAUAGCCUCCCAUCCUCUGAUAAUUCUCUAGUCGUGCGCACACUCGAACAAAAGCACGACAAGAAGGCUGGUCUCAAUGGGGUCAAACCUGCUAUUCCGCCCAGAGAUCAGAAAAGAGCACCCGCUAGACCACCCAAGGAUAAUCUUCGUCUUUCCACUCAAAACAACAAUGUGGAGCCGAGCGAUAACACCACUACCGAACCCACUCAACAACAGCUUCAUUCCAUUAGAAAAUAUAAGGAGCAACUGCAGAGGCGAAAAGAUGAGGAGCAGAGACAGGAAUACAUCAAUCGUUCACUCCGUGACUCGAAGAAGCUUCAGGCCUUGGAAAGUCACGCGACGAGUCUCUCCGGGCAAGAAAAUCUUGCCUAUGCUCAAGAUGAGGUGACUACCGUCGGACGAACUCCCAUCACUCCAAGUCAUGUCACUCAAGAAGUCGAGGAACCCCCGAGACCACUCACUUACGGAGAGGUGGUUGCAUCCCUCGAGAGGCUGCAACUUCAACUGCGAAGUAUAUCCGGGGCUUUGGGAAUAUCGGGACCAGGUGUCGAGGCUGAAUUGGAAGCAGUUCGAACGCUUUUGGUUCAAAGGCGAUUUGCAACCGCUUUGUCGACUCAUCACGCCUUGAAGAGUCGAUUGAGAUCUGGCAAAGUUCUCAAACAUUAUUCGGAGGAUGCGUCAACUCUCGCUCGAGAUUGUGUCGAGGUCCUGGAGCAAUGGCAAUCAUCAAUGGCUGCAAAAGCCGCAACAGCGGGGGAAACGAUAGCUGCCGCUGAGGAACUAACAGCCUUACUAACUAGUUAUGAAAUGGAAGGUCUUCUGUUGGCUCACGACUCGAUUAUCUCCUGUGUGGAUGGCUUCCAGGCAAAACAUAGUUCCUCCUCACCGAGCGGUCCACCUAGUCCGUCGUUAAGUUCCCGUGUAGCUGACAAUAUCAAGAUCAUUAGAAUAGAAAAAACCAACGAACCUCUAGGGGCUACCGUAAGGAACGAAGGAGAAGCUGUCAUUAUUGGUCGUGUGGUGCGAGGAGGAGCUGCCGAUAAAUCGGGAUUGUUACAUGAAGGUGACGAGGUGCUAGAAGUGAAUGGCGUCGAAAUGCGAGGAAAGAGUGUGAAUGAAGUCUGUGACAUUUUAGCUGGAAUGCAAGGAAGUCUGACGUUCCUAAUAUUUCCUGCUCCUACAAUAAAUUCGAAUUCGAAUAAUAAUAAACGAGAAGAUAAUCAACAGACACAACAUGUGCGGGCACAUUUCGACUACGAUCCCGAGGAAGAUCCUUACAUUCCUUGUCGAGAAUUGGGAGUGAGUUUUCAAAAAGGCGACGUGCUUAACGUUAUUUCUCAAGAGGAUCCUAAUUGGUGGCAAGCUUAUCGAGAAGGAGAAGAAGAUCAAACUUUGGCUGGUUUAAUUCCCAGUAAAGCCUUCCAGCAUCAACGUGAAUCAAUGAAACAAACAAUUGCUGGCGAUAAAUCAACUGUACGUGGUUCGAAAAAAUCCAGUACGUUACUUUGUGCGAGAAAAAAUCCAAAGAAGAAGAAACGAAAUAAAUUUGGUUCGAAUUUCAAUGACGAUGGAUAUCCUCUUUAUGCAACGACAAGUAUUGACGAUUAUGAUAGCGAAGAGGUGCUUACAUAUGAAGAAGUGGCCUUAUACUAUCCAAGAGCGAAUCAUAAGAGGCCGAUUGUGCUCAUAGGUCCUCCAAAUAUCGGUCGACACGAACUUCGACAGAGAUUAAUGCAAGACAGUGAGCGAUUCGCGGCAGCAAUACCACACACAAGCCGACCCAGAAAAGAUUCAGAGAUCGAUGGACAGGAUUACCAUUUUAUAUCUCGUUCACAAUUUGAAUCGGACAUUCUUUGUAGGAAAUUUGUCGAACACGGCGAAUAUGAGAAAGCAUACUAUGGAACUUCAGUGGAGGCAAUACGUUCCGUCGUCAACUCAGGGAAAAUCUGUGUUCUAAAUCUUCAUCCACAGAGUUUGAAAAUCCUGAGAAGCUCCGAUCUAAAGCCAUACGUUGUUUUUGUUGCGCCUCCAAGUUUAGAGAAACUCCGACAGAAGCGAAUAAAAAAUAACGAAAAUUUCAAGGAAGACGAAUUGAAGGAUAUCAUUGAAAAGGCAAGAGAAAUGGAGGACAAAUACGGUCAUCUCUUCGACAUGAUUAUCAUCAACAAUGACACCGAUCGAGCGUACAAUCAACUACUCACGGAAAUUAAUUCACUCGAAAGAGAGCCUCAAUGGGUUCCAGCAUCAUGGCUCCAGUAGUAUUAAGAUUUUAAAUUAAAAAAAAAAAAAACAUGAGCCAGUCUCUACCAAAUUUCGGACUGAGAAAUCGAUUUUACCAGCCCAAAAUAAAGAAAAAAAAAGAUUUCCGUAUUUACAAAAUACAGUGUGAAAUCAAAUAGUUAAUAGUGUUUAGAGUUUUGCAGACAAAUAAAAAUAACAUCAAGUGGCAUGUAAUAAACGUCGUCUUAGAUUGUACGAAAAGCAAAUAUAUAUAAAUAUACUUAUAUAGAACAAAACAAAAAAAAAAAAAGCAGUGAGCCACCGCCGAAUUUUGCUUCUUAAACGUCAUCGAAGCAUUUUUUGUGUAUCUGUUUUUUCUCAAUCGGCGAGAGCGAUUUCUAAUUUAUAAUAAUAUCUAAUUUAUAUACUCUUCUUCAUGGCACUCGAGUCAAAUUUUUGUAAUAUUUGUUAACGAACUUUCACCGAGUUACUUCGCACGACCUUUUUCGAUUCAUAAAAAAGUGAUUUUGACGCUGAAUCACUUUCUCUCUCUCUGUCUCCUGCGUGAAAACAGUCGGUCGGUCUUCUCAUCACUAUUUAAAAAAAAGCCAAUGUCUGUCGUAAACCUAGAUUCCAAAAAAACCCCUAAAAUUAAAUAAACAAAUUUGCAGGAAAAUUACUAACUACUGUUCGCCAUAGGCUAUCUCGUGACUGUUUUUAGAGAAAAAAAAAAAAAACAAAUCGUGUUUCUAACGUAUAGAGUCGUUAGUGCAAUAGACUUAGCUCGAGUAUAUUAAAAAAAAAAGAAUGUCAAAAGUUUUUAAAAAGAGAGCGGUGAUUAAUCGCAGGAAUAAAUUACAUUAAGCAUCGAUUGUCGCAUCCCUCCAUUCGUCGUCACCCUUUCCCUCCCUUUUUUCUAAUUCACAUCGUUCGUCGAAUCAAAAAAUGGACUUUUAAUUUUUUACUUUCAUCAAUGUUAAAAAUAAUGCACCAAAAUGCAAAAAGAAACUUUUUUUAAAAAAAAAAAAGAAAGACUUGAAAAGUAUUCGAAAUUAGUUUCUUUUUUAUGCCAGUGUGUGUGUGCAUGUGAGUGAAUUUUCUAAGUUACAGUGACUUAAAAAGAACAAUGUUAGGAUCUUAGAUUGUUUAAGAAAAAAAUGCCUUUUGACUUUCUAGAUCUGUAUUGAGAUCCAGCAUUGUGCCAAGAGUUCAAAAAAAAAAAAAAAAAAAAAAUCGGAAAUGUGCCAAAUUUUUUCGUAUAUAAUUUACGAAAAAAAUUCCCCAAGAUUUUUUUUUUGCAAAAUAUCUUGCGCGCUCAAUGGCACUUAAACUCAUCAGCGUGUUUACUGACUGUGUAAAUAUCUGUGCAAUUGUAUAGAAAAGAAGGAGAAAAAAUGGAAAUUGUUAUCGUUAGAUUUAUUUCUUUUUUUUUUAUUAUAAUUGUGAUCUAUUGUCACCAAUUUUUAUUAAUUAUAUUAUUUUAUUAUAAUUUACUAUCUACAUUUAAAGAGUGUACAUUAACUAUUAUUGAUAUUGAAACGAGAAGCUACAUAGAGUUGUAUAUAUUAUAUAUAUAUAUAAAAUAUAAAUAUAUACACAUAUAUAUACGCACAUGUAAAAGUGUUCUAGUGGAGUAAAAGUGGAAUCUCGAUUUAUUUUUGUUUGUUUGUAGUUUUCGAAAAAUUUAAGUGCCAUCUCAGAAUUAAGCACUUUGAGAAAAUGUUUUAUUUUCUCUAAUUCGUCAUGAUUCGAGAUAAUAUAAACACCGUCCAGUAGUUUCAAAAAGAAUCACUAGUUUCUUUUUUUUUUAAGCUUGUUCAUUUUAGAAAAAAAGGACAUUAAUUUAAAGAAAGCUUCACUAGGAUACUGACAUUUUCACGUAUAAAUAUGAUUAAAAAAUAAAUUUGCGAAUCGAGUAAUAUAAGUGGAAACAAAUUGAAGGUGGACAAUUGAAGACUUGUGCAAAAAGAUUCUAAUACGUUGUGUUUUUAAAUAAAAGAAAAAUAAAUAAAUAAAUAGUGUUCGUGGAUGCGGGUAUCGAUGAGUGAAAAUUGAAAUCCUAACACUUUUUGAUGGUAAUGUUCCUCUGAGCAAUUAUCUGUAUUUACCCGAAAUGGCAAAACUGCUUUGCAGGAGAGGCGAAUAGCGAGAUUCUUGAUAUUGAACUAAGAUGAUAUGAUAUAGAUUAUAUAUAUAUAAAUAAAUAUUUACGUAUAAGCAGGGUUGGACGUUUUAAAUAUUGUGAUGGUAAUAGAGAAAAGAUUUAUAAUAAACAAACGAGAAAGAAUGUUUUAUAUCAUUUUAAAACAUAGUUCAAUAUCAAGUGUGAAAUAUGACUGUACAACCGCGCCGACAUUUCACGUUCCACCUCACGUUCUGUUACGAAUUCCGUUGAAUAAAGGUUAUUAUAACAUU